AAGGUAGCCACUCGCCCCCAGAAAGAACUCAUAUAUGACCGACCGAUCGAUCAGUCACGGUCACACGCUGGUGGCGAAACUAGCAUAACUACCUAGCUAGCGCGGAGAUGACACUGUCUUUAUGUAACCACAGCUUCCCCCCUUUAUUAUACUCGUAUUCUUCACCACCGUUCCGUCUAAUUGCAGCCUCUCACCACAAGACUUUCAUCACUACUGGAGUCUCCGUCGCAAUCUCAUUAGGACUUCUCAUUUCUCCGUCAUCACUUGCUUCAGAACUUCCCUUGAACCAGUCAUCCGCCAUUUCUCUGGUACAGAGCAAUGACAAGGACCAGUUAAAUUGCCGCGAAGAUGAGCUGGAUCUGAGUGCGUCUGUUGCCGAACCUGAUUUGGUGACCAAUGAUGGAAUUGUGGCGGACGUGUGGCACAUUGUCAAUGAUAGCUUUCUCAACACUGGCCGUCGCUCUUGGUCUCCCGAAACUUGGCUCAGUAAGAAAGAGGACAUCACGAGUACACCAAUUCUGUCAAGAGCAAGAGCUCAUGAUAUUAUUAGGCGGAUGUUGACCAGCUUGGAUGACCCUUAUACACAUUUCCUUUCACCUGUAGAGUUCUCCAAGAUGGCAAGGUACGAUAUGACUGGAAUUGGAAUAAAUCUUAUGGAGGUUCCAGAUGACAAUCAGGGUGUGAAACUUAAAGUCUCAGGUCUCAUCUUGGAUGGCCCUGCACGUAGUGCUGGUGUGAGACAGGGAGAUGAACUAAUGUCUGUUAACGGCAUAGAUGUUAAGGGGAAAUCUUCUUUUGAAGCAUCAUCACUCAUACAGGGUCCCGGUGGAACAUUGGUGAAACUCAUGGUCAAGCAUGGCAAAUGUGGACCAGUGGAAUCCGUUGAUGUUGAAAGACAGACCAUUGCUAGGACUCCAGUUUUUUAUCGGAUGGAGCAAAUUGAUCACGGUUCUAGUCUUGUUGGUUAUGUGCGCCUUAAAGAGUUUAAUGCAUUGGCCAAAAAGGAUAUAGUUACCGCAAUGCAGCGACUUCGUGAUAUGGGUGCAUCAUCUUUUGUUCUUGAUCUCAGAGAUAACCUUGGUGGACUAGUACAGGCAGGCGUUGAAAUUGCCAAACUUUUCCUGAAUGAAGGGCAAAUGGUAACAUACACUGUUGGAAGGGACCCACAGUACACUAAGAGUAUUGUUGCAGAAUCUCCACCUCUAAUUACUGCCCCUGUUAUUAUUCUGGUGAAUAGAAAUACAGCAAGUGCGAGUGAAAUUGUUGCCACUGCACUUCAUGAUAACUGCAGAGCUGUUCUCGUGGGUGAGCAGACGUAUGGAAAGGGUCUGAUUCAAUCUGUUUUUGAGCUUCAAGACGGAUCAGGUGUGGUUGUUACUAUUGGGAAGUAUGUUACACCAAAUCACAUGGACAUUAAUGGAAAUGGUAUUGAACCGGAUUUCAGGAAUCUCCCUACUUGGAAUGAAGUCACCAAAUACCUGUCUAAAUGUCACAAACCAAAUAGAGGAUAAAGCAAAAUUUGCUGAUGUUUAGAAUUGACCAAUAAUCUGAUCUGCUUAUGACUCCAGUUUAGGCUCGUCUGGAUGUGGUUGUGUUAAACAAGGUUGUGUUUUACUAAAAAACAGUAUAAUUCAGCUACACACUGCUUAUGAUGGGAGUUUCUAAAAGUAAUAUUUAGCUCGAAAGCACUUCACAAGAAGCUCAUUUUCCAUUGCUUCUUCUGAAAGCACUUUUACGUGUUUUAUACUCUUGUUAUUUAGUCAUCUAAAAAUGUCAC